GCAGCGCGUGUCGCAGAAGUUGAAGCAAUCGGUUCCCGACGCGGAUAUUAUCAUAUUGAAGGACACAGUGAUGGGCGCCCUCCGGAUGAUUAGCGACAAGAACAGCAAUUCCAGUGAUAACGGAGUCAACAAAAACGGCGUUUCAUUCAAUCACAUGACAAACGAACAGUUGUCUCAACUAAUAGUCCCGGAGUCGACAUCGCUAUCGAUGACAGAACUGCGGAACGAGAGGUCCACGAAAUUGGACUCAAUGUCUGUGACGGAUGCCAUCGAACUUAUGAUCGGCGAAGAGUCGCGAAAUUUCGCCGAAAUUAGGAAACAAAUCAAAACCAUCGAGACGUUGAUUCGUAGGAUAACUCACGCCUUCAAAAACAACGGCCGACUCUUUUACGUCGGCAGCGGAACCAGUGGUCGGUUGGGAAUACUGGACGCCAGCGAAUGCCCGCCCACUUUCUCCAGCCCCUCCUAUUUGGUUCAGGGAAUCAUCGCCGGCGGUAACAAAGCUAUCCAUUCAGCCAUCGAAGGCGCCGAAGACUCCAUUAUUGACGGCAUUAACGCCAUUGAAGACAAGGAUAUCACGGAAAACGAUGUCGUGAUCGGUAUCGCCGCCUGUGGGCGCACACCCUAUGUGUGGGGCGCGCUCUACGCGGCUCAGAAUCGGAAAGCCUAUACCUGUCUGUUAUGCUUCAACCCCAACAUCAAACCUCGCAUUAAACUCGACUUACAGCUAACGGUGACCACUGGGCCCGAGGUGUUGACGGGUAGUACGAGACUGAAGGCCGGAACGGCCACCAAAUGCAUACUCAAUAUGUUGACC